AUGGCUCAAAAAUUAGAAUUACACGUUUUCGAAGAUAUAAAUUUAUUAAGAGAAGCAUUAACACAUAGAACCUACUGUUAUGAAAAUCCAAUGUCAGGACAUCCAAAUGAGCGACUUGAAUUCCUAGGUGAUUCAGUAAUAUCAUGCAUUGUGGCUGAUUAUAUUCAUGAAAGGUUUCCAGAGUAUAACGAAGGGCAGCUAACACAAUUACGUGCAAAAAUAGUUUGUCAAGAAACAUUGGCACUUUUUACUGAACAACUUGGUUUGAAUGAAAAACUUCGAAUGGGAGCGGGAAGCCAUAUGUUAAAAAAUAACGAAAAAAUUAGAUGCGACACAUUUGAAGCAUAUGUCGGCGCUAUCUUUUUAGAUGUGAAAAAAGAUUUGAUGAAGGUAAUGGAGUAUAUGAAACCACUCAUCGAACCUUAUGUCGAUCGGUUGCCAGAAAUAACAGUAAAAAUUGAAAAAAAAGAUGAAAGUGACGAUAUAUUUAAUGAUGUUAAACCGAGUAAAGAUAUACAUUUAGAUUCUAUUGGAAGUUUACAAACGUGGGCACAAAGAAAAGGUUAUUUUAUACCAUUAUAUAGUCAAAUAUCAAGGGGUGGUACUCCCCAUGAUCCAAUUUUCAGAUUUGAAGUUAGAAUUUCAGAAAUUACUGUGGGUACAGGUAGUGGGAAAAAUAAACAAAGUGCCAAGAAGCAGGCAGCAACUGAUGCUUUAAAUAAAAUAAAAGAUAACGAAAGGGAUAUCACCGAUGCGUUAAAUAAAAUAAAAGAUAAAGUGGGAAAUCUCAAUUUAACCGAAACUAAUAAUGAAAAUGGACCAUCAAAUUAA